CACCCUGUAUAUUUACGAACGCUUGCACGUUGGAAAUUGGUUACUGGAAAAAAGUACGAGUUUCAUCUCUAUAAGAAUUCUGUGCCAUGAUCACAUUAUCAUCAUAUCACCGAUUACGGUCAUUGACUAUGACUAUAAUUAUGUAUUGACUAUCAUCGCGAAGUUCAGUCGAAUCCAGUGAUCGCAUGUCACAUGCUAUAAUUUUCGUUUAAUUGACUCGUUUUGGACAACUUGAUUUCUAGUUAUUCUUAUUGUAUUUGUAUUACGUAAUUCUGAUGAUAACAUAGUAAUGUAUAUCGAUUAUUGCAAUGUAAAAAUAUUAUCAACAUUUAUAAGAAUACAUGUGAUAAUAAAAUAAUUGUAUACAUAUUCGAAGAAUUCCAUGUAGACUCACAUGUUUUAAGAUGAAUUUUUAUUACACUCUGUUCCCUUUGUUCUUGUAACAUCAAUUUUGAUUCACCGAGUAUACAUUGAUAUAGAUGACGUAUGUACACAGCAUGACGGAUUGACAGAUAGAAUAUUUUCUAUUCUGUGUAUAACACGUGGAUUUGAUCAGAGACGAUUUGUAUAUACUAAAAUUUUAAUAAAAUGGACGAGGACGUAACAAAUACACUUAAUUUUACCAAUUCGACAAAUUUACUGAAUGAGCAUUUAUUUAAUAAAGACUGUUCAAUAAACAAAAGCAACAAGUGUUUAUUUUAUAUGACCACUUUAAAGGUCCAAUUUCUCUGUUGCACACCACUGCACAAAAUUGUUAUAUUUGAUUCUGAACAAAAUGUUGACACAUUUCAUAUUAGUAGAAAACAAGAAGAGAUUUUAAAGAGUACAAUAGGUAAUGAUUUAAUGAAGAAAUAUCCUGUUAAACGUUCAUAUCAGCGAGCAUUCUUGAAAUUACUUAUGAACAAGAUUGAACAAGAGGGUGGUAAAAUUCACGAUAACUUGUAUACUGCGUAUUGUGAUUUAAUAUCUACUUCACCAAGCGAAUUAAUUCAUUAUCGGCACUUUUUCAUAAACUGCAAUGAUUCAUCUGAUCAUAUAACACUACAAGAGAGUACAAAUAUCAUAUCAGAAGGUACAACAGGACUAUGUUGUUGGCAGGGAGCACUUGAACUAAGUAAAUGGUGUAUUGAAAAUGAACCUGAAUUUUGCAAUAAAGUCAUUUUAGAACUUGGUUGUGGAGUUGGAUUAACAGGACUGUGUAUUAUAAAAAACUGUUCUCCAAAUAGAUAUAUUUUCACAGAUUGCCACAAAUCAGUCUUAGAAAUGGUCUGUGAAAAUGUAAAACUUAAUUUAUUAGACAAUCAAAAGAUUGCAGAAAUAGACAGAUUAGGAUUGCAAACAAAAUAUAAUAAUACAAAUGUAGAAGUAAUGAAAUUAAAUUGGGAACAUAUAAAUGAAUAUUUGGAUGAACACAGGAUUGUACCAGAUGUAAUAAUUGGAGCUGAUAUUUUAUAUGAACCGUAUUCUUUUAAUGCAUUAGUGUUGGCAUUAAAGGCUUUUCUAUCCUUUAACAAUAGAUAUGCCAUUAUUGCAGGAACAAUUCGUAAUGCGGACACAUUUUCACUGUUUUUGCAUACCCUAGAAAUUCAUGGUCUCUCUUACGAAGAAUGCAAUACACCGAAACAAACAGUAGUUAUACAAGCAACAGACGGACCUAUUAAAAUACUAAGAAUUUUCCAGAAGCGGUAGUAACAAUUACAAUGUAAUAUAUUACCAUAAUACAAUAAAUAAUAAUAGAUAAUAAGAA